UUUUAUUAACACAAAAACUGGAGACAGAGUCGACAGUCAUGCAAUAUUCAUUUUUCGACUAAAAAUUACCGGUAAAAUCUAAAUUUUAAAGGGUUUACACAACACGCUGAAAGCAGGGCAAAACCAAAAUGAUCGGAAGAAUACCAAUCUGUCGUAGACCCAUUCACUAUUUGGGAUUGCUGCGUCCUUCCCUGAGAUCCGCACAGAUCUCGCCCAUCGCGGAGCGUCGCCUUAAACAUGGAAUGGACGACUCCGGAGAGGAGUCAUCGGCCAAGGCCCACACUCGCCUGCGACAGGUGAAAAGUAUUAAAGUACGGCAGAGUUUUUGUAAGAAAGAAAACCCAGCCAGGGAUGGUGCAGCGACUAGCGGCCUGAUGACACAGUACGUGGGGCAUGCAAAGGAGGAAUCAAUGAGUGAAGCAAAGGAUGAAUUGACGAGUGGGGCAAAGAAUGAUUCUAUGUGUGAGGAAACAAAGGUGCCGUUGAGUGAUUCGAAGAAUGAACCCAUUAGUGAAACAAACGACUCACCCCAGAGUGAUGCCAAAGACGAACCCUUCACCACCGAGGUCCCCCAAGAGCGUAGGCAGGAGUCUCCCUUCGAGUGCAGGCCGGAGCUACCCAUGAAGGGGCAGCCGGCCACUCCCACACAGCCAUACCCAGCCGUAGUAAAUCCCAAGAAUCCCUAUCCCGUUGUGACAUGUCAACAGGAUCAGGAUGCUGUUCCAUCGAGCUCUGAAGCAUCCGAAGGUAAAGUGAAGAUAUCUGGCAAGAUCAUCUUUAAGGACAACUCUCAGUUAGAAACCAAAGCAUGUAAUAUUCUUUCAAACGAAGCACCGUCAACGAAAGGCGAGUCCAUGAAUGUUUGGGCACAGUCCUAUGCCUCUGAUGCCAUGGACCCCGCGAAGAAGGACUCCAAAGUAGACUCUGCCGCCAUGCAAGACAAAAAGCAAAUCAUUUUGGAAUUUGAAACACAAGCCUCAAAAACAGAAGGAAACAAUCCAAGCUCUGAGAAACCGAAUGAGAUUGUAGAAGGAAAGCAGCAGAAAACUGAGGAGUUAUAUCCAACUACCCCAAAAGGAUACGAGAUUGGUUGUGUGAUAGAUUUUAGUAACGGAAUCCAGAUCUCCAGAGAUUCGGCAGGAAAGGCAGAACAAGUCGUGGAAGCUGAAACUGAAAAUCUUGAGGAUACGAUCAAGACAUCCUCGACAGCAGAACACGAAGAAAAACCUGCGAAAGCCAUCCAAGAAGUGGAAGAAGUCAAAAACAGCAAAGACAUUGAUAUAAAAUCUCCAACCAAUAGCUUACCAAUAAAGAUCGUAAGGAAUGAGGAUGGUUCACCUGUUGACCCCCCGCCAAUUAUUACACGAAUACCAUCAUCGGAGCUUAAGUCGGAUAAGGAUGUGUCGCCAGAAGAGUCCUCGUCUUCGAAAUACAAAAGAAAUCUAGAGUUUAUACAGACCGAACCGGUGCUUACCAGCGAUGGGGAAAUGAAAUUGGUGGAACCCACAUCGGUGGACUUGAGUCUCGAGCCAUCAAUGAAGAAAGCCACAGAAAUGACACCGGAAGUUGAAGAAUUUCAAUCGAAGACAAACGAACUGCAAUCUGAGAUAAAAGAACUUCAAUCAGAGGCAACAGAACAGAAAUCGGAGGCAACUACAACUGAAUUAGAGUCAAAAGAACUACAAUCGGAGGUGAAAGAACUUCAAUCGGAGGCAACAGAACAGAAAUCGGAGGCAACUACAAAUGAAUCAAAAUCAAAAGAACUCCAAUCGGAGAUGAAAGAACUACAAUCAAAGGCAACAGAACAGAAAUCGGAGGCAACUACAAAAGAAUCAAAAUCAAAAGAACUACAAUCAAAGGCAACAGAACAGAAAUCGGAGGCAACUACAAAUGACUCAAGAUCAAAAGAACUACAAUCAAAGGCAACAGAACAGAAAUCGGAGGCAACUACAAAUGAAUCAAAAUCAAAAGAACUCCAAUCGGAGAUGAAAGAACUUCAAUCGGAGGCAACAGAACAGAAAUCGGAGGCAACUACAAAUGAAUCAAAAUCAAAAGAACUCCAAUCGGAGGUGAAAGAACUUCAAUCGGAGGCAACAGAACAGAAAUCGGAGGCAACUACAAAUGAAUCAAAAUCAAAAGAAUUUCAAUCGGAGAUGAAAGAACUACAAUCAAAGGCAACAGAACAGAAAUCAGAGUCUAAAGAAGCUGUUUCCGCUUCCAAGAUGGAUUCCCAGAAUACUCCCAAGUCCGCUGCAGAAAUAAUCUCCAUGCUGGAGCUUAAACAAAAAGCCAUGAAAUCCAUAUCCCAUGGCAGCACACUGGCUGAUCCGCCAAUCAAAUCCACAUCCCAGAUAGUGGCAACAUUUGGCUUGAGACCCGAGCCUGGUCAAGGAUUCAGAGCCAAAGGAACACUUAACAAUACCGAGCUGGACAGACAAGCUGAUGAAUACUUUGCGAAGAUCAACGAACACGAGACGUCACAACUGGAAAAGAAAAUGGAACCAGAGACCUCGAAAAUAGAGAGUAAAAUCGAAUCGGAAACCUCAAAAUUGGUGAACAUAAUGGAACCUGAAAGCUCCCAAUUGCCGAAAAUAAUAGAACCUGUUAACUCCCAGUUAGAGAAUAAAAUGGGUGCCAAAACCUUACUACCGGAAAGUAAAGUGGACCAAGUAGAGACCCCAGAGGAAUCCAACAGAAAAGCUGAAGAAUAUUUUGAAAAUAUUGCCGAACUAGAGAUCUCGCAACUGGAUAGACAAAUGGAAGAAUCAAAGUCCUCCACGUUUGAGGAACUAUCCGCCAUCUCAAAGACUGAUAAAAGCUCAGAAUUGGAGACAAAAGUAGAAGAUGUGCAGAACCCAAACGAACCCAAGGAGUACGCUACGUUCAAGGCCAUGGUGAAGCAGAGAAAAGCUGACGAAUACUUUGCCAAAAUAAACGAAGCAGAAAUCUCACAGCUUGACGGGAAAAUAGAGCCUGAAAGCACACAAUUGGACGGGAAAAUGGAAACCAAAUCACAAGAAAAAUCAAAGUCUUUCGAGGAUAUGUCCACAGAGGGGAACAAGGAGCAAACAGACAAUACCGACCAGAAGAAUACGUCAAAGGAAAUGAAUCCAGACGUUGACAUAGACGACAACAAAGUGGAGGACAAAAAGGAGUUGCCAUCGGAUAGACCUCUCUUUGUGCCCGCUGACGAUAAGGAUAGGCUACUAGAAAAAAGUGAACUGACAGGAGGAGAGCUCUACAAGCCCCAAUCGGAGGAUCCCAUGUCUGAUGAUUAUAAUUAUGAUUCAAAUCCCACCACUGACAAGAACGAAAAGAAGGAGAAACCAAGAAGUAAACCCAAGUUGGAGGAUGGAGAGCUAGAUGUCAAACUGUUGGUGCCGGACAAAACCACCAACACUGCCAGCGGGAUUCCUGAGACAACUGCAGCUCCAGCGAAACAGAACUUUGUUCAAUAUAUUUUUGGGAAGAUAUUUCGCAAAGAAAAGAAGACCCCACCAGCAGACAGAACAAUGUCCACCGAUUGCCAGAGGCGAGACCUGAACACAAGCUCUACUCUGCUGUACCCUGAGCAUGAUGACAUACUUGAUGAUCCGUACAGCCCAGAAGUGGGCAAGGUAAUCAAUCCAGACGAUAAGGAUUUCAUUUCGCCAGAUCUUGAAAGGCAGGGUCUGGGUGCCACAACAAUACACGAGGAACGCUAUGAUCAACCCCAGGCCAUGAAGAAGGAUAAUCCGGUGGGUGUUUGGUCAAUCAUCAAAUUAAAGGCUCCUUUGAAUACUCAGCCAUCAAAGAAGAUGAGCAUGGCCAUGCCCAUUUUGCGGUUUGCCAGCGAUGACAAAGGUUCCCUCAAGAUACGCAGCGCUUCCCCCCAAUGCAAAAACCGGGAAAAGACAGUCCAUGAAGAGCUAAUGGAAAAGAAGGAGAAUCAAGAAAAUAAAACCGAGAUCCUGGGCGACUCCGAGCAGUGUGCCGAAAAGAUGGAGAAACUAAAAAAAGAGCCCAAAGAUGAUGAUUGCAAACGCAGCUUCAGCAGCUACUUUGAAGGAUUCACCAAAAUGUUUUGGUCUUCUAGUAUUUCAGAUGCAGACCCGAGCAAAAAGGACAAAUAAAAGAGGAAAUGCUGUAGAGGUUUCCCAACCAAAUUGAAGCUUUUUGAUCAAUCAAAUUACAAUUAUUUCUUAUACAAAAUUAAAUUAUAUCCAAAUUAUGCUUACAAGUAAUUAAUGAAAAUAUAAACAUUUUUGGAUGGCCAUUUGAGACAUUUAUUAACAAAAUUGGUUUCCUCUUUUGACUUACAUUUCUAAUAAACUUCGAUGAAUCUGCAAUUAAUUUCCUUCUCCAAACACUGGCUAUCAAAUAUGUACAUAUCUACAAUUUAAACCAUUUGUGGCAGUAGAACCGCCUAUUGGGUUUGCUUAUACUACAAAACUGUUUUCCAAAAUUCUUGAAAAAUAGUAGGCUUUCCUUUUUGAUGCCCCAAUGCCAUACGUGCUUUGCCAUAAACAUGUCAGUUCACAUCGAAUGCUCGAUAGGCUCGUUUCUAAAUGUUUCGGUUUUUGUUUUAAAUUUUUUUUUUAGCAAUGUCUUAGGGUUUGCAGAUACAAAUGAAGCUCUGCAUUCCUUAUCACCUAAUUGCACGUACUUUUUGAUCAUUGAAAAUUCGUUGUAAAAUUAGAAACAAUUUCACGUUUUUAAGAUGCUGAAAAGAACGGCAUUAGCCUUGGGCAGAAGUAUGCAGGAAUGCCUUCGGGCAUGCAGAAUUGCGUUUCAGCCAACAACCACCGUCCGCAGCAGCUGUAGUCAUAACGAGGAUCACGGACACAACACUUCGGACAAGUGUCUUCUGAAAUCGGUACUCAAAAGACGGAGCACAGAUGUUACACUGGACACGGACGGCGCACGCUCGUGUGGCUGUAGGACCGACAACUUGUUUCUUAAGAAUUAUAUGGUCAUGGCUUAUGUGGCCGCUUGCAUGGGCGCCGAGAAAGUACAGUUUGGACGGCAUCCUGUCUACCAUGAACCGAUCAAAAGCGAUCAAUUUCCUUUCAGUUCCGGUCCAUUCUGCCACCAUUCACCUUUUCAAGCCAUCGGUAGAAGUGUCCAUACCCUGAGAUCGGUGCCAGUUUCAUUGAAAAUUCAUUCAGAACCAUCAAAAAUCAUUAUUCCCAAGAAAAAGGAGGAUAAUUCAGUCAUAGUGAUCAGGGAGGUGAAGCCAUUUAAGAACUAUAGUUUCCCAGCUCUGGACAAGGAUUUCAUUUACUAUCGGGAUCUGCAGAAGGUCAACAAGAUCCAGAAGGAUGCCAAAACAAGUAAGAAAGAGCCCGAUGAUAAGGGGGACCUUGAAACAAUUUGGAUAAAUGCACAAUUCAAACGCCAAAAAGUGACCAUGGUAAAAUCUGGCAGCGAAGCCAAAAAGGGAGAGCAGAAAAUCGGCAAAGAAUGUAAUAAAAAUGAUAAAAAGGAGAAAAAGAAGGAAUCCAUUGAAGACAUCUGUAAGAUAAGAAACGAUUGCUCGAAAUUGGCGAAGAAAAU